AUAAAAAUGGAGCCGAUCUUGCCAGCUUUUAUCGAUGUUGGGGAACAGGACCAAGCUCUGGAAAUUCGAGGUUAUCUUAAGUCCUGUGGUGCUGAUAUAAAUGAAGAAAGUAUGUCUCCAUUACAUGAGGAUUUGGAGCAGCUGUUGGUGGCAUGCGACAUUAACUUCAAGUCAGAAGCAGAACUUGAAGGGGUCAUGAACAGCCUUCUUUCCCUGAUACUAAUCGUGACAGAAAAAAGAGAUGACCUAAUCAGAAAAUUUUGUGACAAAGUGGCAGAAGUAAGAUCUGAUGAGGACACAUCACUGACCAGACUUAGAAUACUAAGCAUCCUGCUAAACUGGCUUCAUGAAAGAGAUCCUGUCCGAUAUGAUGUUUACUGCACUCAGGUCAAGGUUGCAGGAAAAGCUGGUUUGAUUGAUCAGAUAAAUGUAUCAUUGGAUCAGGUUAGGAGUUGGCUAAACAUGUGGGAAGUGGAUGGAGUGAAGGCCAGAAAAGUAUACAGAUUGCUUUUUGAUGCCUUGACAGAAGACAGACAAAGUGAGGAGGCCACAUCAGUCAUGGUCGAACUCCUUAGGACAUACACUGAUGAAAAUGCAUCUGAAGUGAAAGAUGAUGCCAAAAAUUGUAUUGUGAGUCUUUUGGGAAGACCGAAUGUCCUCAUCAUGGAUUUCCUUCUGACACUUCCACCAGUUGCAGCUUUGCAAGGGGAACCAAUUUACCAGCUUCUGACCAUCUUUGUUUCUGGGAAACUUGCUGACUACAUGGAAUUCUAUGAAAAGAACAAAGAUUUUGUGGAUUCUUGUGGUUUGACUCAUGAGAAGAACCUUCACAAAAUGCGAGUUCUAACAUUCAUGUCACUUGGGGAAGCAAAAUCAGAGGUGCAUUUUGACGAUCUCUGUAAGGAACUCAAUAUUAGUGUGGGUGAAAUUGAGGAAUUUAUCAUAGAAGCACUUCGAUCAAAACUCAUUCGUACCAGGAUAGACCAAGUCAACAAGAAAGUCAUCAUCAGCUCAGCGACACAUCGAACGUUUGGUACCAACCAGUGGCAAGAGUUACGAGAUCGCUUGGAAGAAUGGCGCCAGAGUUUGCAGAGUGUUGGUACAAGUCUAAAGGCUGUUGUUCCCGCUGUAGAUGGAUAAUUGAACCAUUAGAAAUAAAAUUUUCAAUAAGC